UGAUUUUGAUAUGUGGUACAGUGACAUCGCGUACCAGAAAGGAUCAACGAAAAUCUGGGUACCCAAUUACCCUCCUUUGCGCCAGUUACUACUCGAAGAAUACCACGACGUCCUCUAUGCCGGACACUUCGGUAGCAACAAGACGCUGACCGGUAUUGCAAAGCACUACUACUGGCCCCACUUGGCAGAAGAUGUUCAGAAAUUUGUCACCUCGUGUGAUACAUGUCAGCGGAUGAAGAGCAGCAAACAGAGGAAGGUGAGACUACUGCAGCCUCUUCCUGUCCCAGAACAGCCAGGGCAAGUGGUUAGCCCGGAAUUCGUCACCGAGUUACCACCUACCACCAGCGGUCAUGACGCAAUCCUUGUCGUCAUCGACAAAUUCUCCAAAAUGGGACACUUCAUCCCGACACACACGACAGCACGCACCGAUGAGACAACACAACUCUUCAAGAUUCACAACGCCUUCCAUGUCCAACUUCUGAAGCCCUAUUGGGAUCCGAACACGAUCUUUGUCGGACGCCAACCGCCGCCGCCGCCGCCGCCCGUCCUCGUCCAGAAUGAACCCGAGUACAAGGUCGAGUCCGUGCUUGCACACCGCCGUCGUCGGAAUGGCACCAUGGAGCUUCUUAUUCGUUGGAAGGGGUAUGAUCCUUUUGAGGACAGCUGGGUACCUGAGACCGACAUGGGUAACGCCCGUCGUCCUCUGCAUGACUACCUUGUCAAGCAGGGUGUUACUUCUACCACCCAGCUUUGAGGGGUGGAAGUGUGAGAGUACGACCCCGU